ACAGAGUACUUUUUGUUACUUUGAUAUACGUCAAAAAUUAUAGGAAAAAAACCAAAAAAAAACACAGAAAAAAUAUAUUUUCACAACGCAAUAUUAAUAAAUUUAGCACACGGUGGGGAAUAUUUAUCGUAUUUAAGAGUUGUGUUAUAUAAUUGACCAUGUAUUCUCGGUCUGGGAGCACUGGUUCUAUUCACAACAUUCAUCAAACUCCUUCAUCAUCCAAUCACAACUCUGAUGAUGAAGAUGACAGUGGGGACAACAAGGCAUCGGCACUGAGCUUCAAGGAGAGGAGGAGAGAAGCUCAUACACAGGCUGAACAGAAAAGAAGAGAUGCCAUCAAGAAAGGGUAUGACUCUCUGCAGGAGUUGGUCCCCACUUGCCAACAAACAGACGCAUCUGGGUACAAGCCCAGCAAAGCUGCAGUUCUCCAAAAGUCCAUAGACUACAUCCAGUACCUCCUCCAACAAUGCAAGCGGCAAGAAGACGAGCGAAAUGCGCUGCGCAAAGACGUCGUCGCCCUCAGAAUAAUGCAGGCGAAUUAUGAACAGAUUGUGAAAGCGCAGCACUUGGUGCCCGGCCAGAACGAACAGAGGCUCACCGACCAGGACAAGUAUGAAGUUUUCCAGGGCAUAAUGGACAAACUGUUCGAAUCCUUCGAGUCAGUCCCCGUGAACAAUUUCGCCGAAUUCUCCGCUGGGGUCUUCAACUGGCUGGAGGAACACUGCAAGCCACAAUCACUGAGGACGAUGGUCCAUGGCGUAUUGAGGGAACAGAGCUAUACGCCUUGAGUGGGGUGGGGUCGUUGUUAUUUAGUGUUUAAGACGGGUGCCGUUCUUCAAUUGCUUUUUCGUAUGCUAAAUAAAUUCAUUCAAACUAAUCAUCACAACCCAUCACGUCCCCACUGCUGGGGCUUGGAGCUCCUUCCAAUGAAGGAAGGGGUCUAGGUCUAGUCCACCCCGUUGAUGGCCUAGUACGGGUUGGUGGACAAAGUAAUACCUAUAUACUAUUUUUAUUUAUAGGGUUUAUCAGUUGAAAACUAUGUAUAGUUGUAUACGUACUUAAGUAAUAAGUACCUACCUGUUUUGCUGGUCAUAAAAUCUGUCUUAAGAAAAGUGGUCAAAUUAUGUGAGCUGAACUGUAUGGUUCAUGACCUAUAUCAAAUUAAUGAAUAAUAUUUUAAGAUCAUGAACGGCGCCCAUAGUUAGUAAGUUAGUGUAAUAUUUACCUACAGGAAAUUGUUGUUUAAUUAAGAUUUUAUUCAAGUGUCAUCAUCAUCAUAUUAUUAUUAUUAUGUUAUGAAUACUGACUUUAAGAGGAUGCAUUACUAGUGCAACAGAAAAACUUACUAUUUUUAUCGGAAAUCGUUAAUGAACAUAAUAUUAUAUGUAUAUUUUAAGGUGACCUCUAUACGAUUAUGUAGGUCAGCUCUUUAAAAAAAACUACAAUACUAUCAUGUCUUCCUUAUACAUUUUAAAAGGGUUUCAUAACGGAGAAUCCGAUAAAAUUUUCGCCUGUAAUCAAACUUACUAUUUUACUAUCUGGGUUUCAUACUAUUUUGUUUAAAAGUGCCUUGUUUAAUUAUAGAUUCCGACACGUAAUGUGCCUUUCAUAGUGAUAGCAAAAUAUAUUUAUGUUUUAUGGUGUAAACUC